UGUGAUAUCCGUUGCCCAGCAUACACAAUUUAGUAUUUCAGAUUUGUCAGUUCAACAGUUACAAACAGUUCAGUAGUCGAAAUGGCACGUACCAAGCAAACCGCUCGCAAAUCGACCGGAGGUAAGGCUCCGAGGAAGCAGUUGGCCACCAAAGCCGCACGUAAGAGCGCACCCGCAACCGGAGGAGUGAAGAAACCUCAUCGUUACCGUCCGGGAACUGUCGCGCUCCGUGAAAUCCGUCGUUACCAAAAGAGAACGGAAUUGUUGAUCCGCAAAUUGCCAUUCCAACGUCUGGUUCGUGAAAUCGCUCAGGACUUCAAAACAGACCUGCGUUUCCAAAGCUCCGCCGUCAUGGCUUUACAGGAAGCCAGCGAAGCCUACUUGGUCGGUCUGUUUGAAGAUACCAACUUGUGCGCCAUUCACGCCAAGCGUGUCACGAUCAUGCCGAAAGACAUCCAAUUGGCUCGUCGUAUCCGUGGAGAACGUGCUUAAUGUUAUUAUUAUUAUUAUUAUUAUUAUUACCACCUUAAAAAGGCCCUUUUCAGGGCCACAA